AUGAAAAUUCUCAUCUUGCUGGCGAUUCUGUUCGCCAACACCAGUUGCUUCGUACGUCUUCGGGAUCCAAUCACCAGGAAGUCGAAAAAUCAAUAUUUCGAAAAAUUGGGAAAAUACAAAUACGAUGAAGGCUAUUUGAAAGUUCCAAUCGAUCAUUUUUCCUUCACCAAUGACUAUGAAUUUGAUUUGAGGUAUUUCCUGAACACGGACCACUACGAGUCGGGCGGUCCCAUCCUUUUCUACACUGGAAAUGAGGGAUCUCUUGAGUCAUUUGCUGAAAACACCGGACUCAUGUGGGAUCUGGCCCCAGAAUUGAAGGCAGCCGUGGUUUUUGUCGAGCAUCGCUUCUAUGGAAAGUCACAGCCAUUCAAAAACCAAUCCUACACCGACAUCCGCCACCUUGGAUACCUCUCUUCUCAGCAAGCCUUGGCAGAUUUCGCCCUUUCAGCUCAAUUUUUCAGAAAUGAGAAGAUCAAAGGAGCCCAAACAUCCGCAGUGAUCGCUUUCGGAGGAUCCUACGGUGGAAUGUUGUCGGCUUGGUUCCGUAUCAAGUAUCCACAUAUUGUGGAUGGAGCCAUCGCCGCGUCGGCACCGGUUUUCUGGUUCACCGACUCGAAUAUUCCAGAGGAUGUUUAUGAUUUUAUCGUAACUCGCGCGUUUUUGGAUGCCGGAUGCAACCGGAAGGCUGUCGAAAAAGGAUGGAUUGCGUUGGAUGAGUUGGCGAAAAGUGAUAGUGGACGACAAUACCUGAAUGUUUUGUAUAAAUUAGACCCGAAAUCAAAAUUGGAAAGCAAAGAUGAUAUUGGAUUUUUGAAGCAAUACAUUCGCGAAGCCAUGGAAGCAAUGGCAAUGGUCAACUAUCCAUAUCCCACCUCGUUCCUCAGCUCUCUCCCAGGAUGGCCAGUCAAAGAAGCAUGCAAAUAUGCCAAUGCGCCAGGAAAAUCACAAGAGGAAUCCGCUGAGCAAUUGUAUAAUAUCGUGAACUUAUACUAUAAUUUCACCGGAGACAAAACGACACACUGUGCAAACGCCGCAAAAUGUGAUAGCGCUUAUGAAGCACUAGGAGACCCGCUGGGUUGGCCAUUCCAGACAUGUACCGAGAUGGUGAUGCCAUUGUGUGGAAGUGGAUACCCGAAUGAUUUCUUCUGGAAAGAUUGCCCAUUUACUACGGAGAAAUAUGGAGACUACUGCCAACAGACCUUCUACAAAAUCGGUUACAACAAAACGCUACUUCGUCCAUUAGCCGGUGGUCGUGCAUUCGGCGCCACCUCCCUCCCAUCCGCUUCCAAUAUCGUUUUCUCCAAUGGGUACCUGGAUCCAUGGAGUGGUGGUGGUUACGAUCAUUCCGACCGCGUUCAGGGAUCAGUGAUCAGUGUGAUUUUGAAGCAAGGAGCCCAUCAUUAUGAUCUACGCGGUGCCCAUCCACAGGACACUGAGGAGGUGAAGAAAGUGAGAGCCAUGGAGACGUCAGCGAUCAAAAAGUGGAUCAAGGAGAAGGCGAGACGAUCGAUUUAUUGA